GACCAGCCAAUGAAAUCCCGGUUUUCUGAGUGACGCCAGAUUCAGGAAGUUAUUUAAAGAUGACAGAGCUACGGUAAACUAGUGUUUUGAUUCGGGUUAACGCUGGGACUAAUAAGUGGACACUGCGGCUAUCGUCACUAAAACCGAUCCGCGAUGAAGACCUUUUAUCUCGUGAUUCUUUGUACACUGCUGCUCGCUGUUUGCGCAAGAAGAGAGAGGAGAAAUGUUCUCUUCAUCAUGGCAGAUGACCUGCGGACGUCACUGGGCUGCUAUGGAGACCAAGUGGCUAAAUCACCCAAUAUUGACCAACUGGCAUCCAAAAGCCAGGUGUUUCUCAACGCCUAUGCACAGCAAGCGUUGUGUGCACCCAGUCGUGCCUCCAUGUUAACCAGCCGCAGACCAGACACAACCAGGGUCUAUGACUUCACAUCCUACUGGAGAGACCAGUCUGGAAACUACACCACUCUUCCCCAGUACUUCAAAUCCAGAGGUUACUUCACCAUGUCUGUGGGCAAGAUCUUCCAUCCUGGUAUCUCUUCCAACUUUUCGGACGACUAUCCAUACAGCUGGUCCAUCCCUGCCUACCAUCCCGCAUCAUUGCAAUAUGAGAAAAAAAAAGUAUUAUCUGGCCCACAGGAGUACCUGAGCCUCUAUCCAUUAGAAAACAUGACCCUGGCCCCUGACCCCAAUGUCCCCAAAUCCCUUCCUCCCGUGGCCUACAACCCAUGGACAGAUGUUAGGCGGAGAGAAGACGUCCAAAAGUUGAACAUCAGUUUUCCUUAUGGACCGAUUCCCAAAGACUUCCAGCUGCGUAUACGUCAGCACUAUUACGCUGCUGUCUCUUAUGUGGACGCUCAGGUUGGACGUCUGCUCACUACUCUGGAUCAGCUUGGGCUGGCUGACAACACUGUGGUGGUGUUCACCUCAGACCAUGGUUGGUCUUUGGGUGAACAUGGUGAAUGGGCUAAAUACUCUAAUUUUGACGUGGCCACUCAGGUCCCUCUCAUCUUUUAUGUUCCUGGCAUCACUGCCCACCGUGAGGGAUUCAGAGAAUCCACCUUUCCUUUGAUUGACAUCUUGACGCAUUCAGACUACAGUUUUAAAAAUGCCAAAGUGAGGAGGAACGUAGUGGAGCUGGUGGAUGUCUUUCCCACUCUCUCGUACAUGGCCGGUCUCCCAGCACCUGAACCAUGUCCUGACGUUUCUUUACAGGAGGAGCUGUGCACAGACGGAGAUAACCUGGCCUACACUUUUCGUCACAGGGAACGAGGGGUGGAAGCGGAGGCGAUAUCGUUCAGCCAGUACCCCCGACCUGCUGACACACCACAGGAGAACUCUGACCAACCUGACCUUGAAGACAUCAAGAUCAUGGGCUACUCUCUACGCUCUUGGGAUUAUAGAUACACUUUGUGGCUGGGAUUUAAUCCUAAAACCUUUCAGGUGAACGUGACCGAUGUCCACGCUGGAGAGUUGUACAUGUUGGCUGACGACCCCGGGGAGGACAGGAACGUCUACAGUGACUUGGAUCACAGUGGGUUACUAAGGAAAACGGCAGGACUGCCUCGGACCGUGCCACUGCAGAUGAGGAUGAAGCUGCAGCUCCUCUACCUCACAGCAGGGAUGAAAGUGAACAGAAGGACGGCGUGGUGAUUGGUCCAAACUACAACAUUGUUAUCAAAUGUCAGGAUAAGGGCGGGGGGAGGGGGUACCUUGAUCCUUAAUAAGACUGAAGAGAAGCCACUAGUUAAGGGAAAUGAUGAGAACUUGGACUUUUUCUCCAACAUAUUUGUCAUUUUUGCCUUUUCUGUCCAACUGCUGUAUUUGUCCUCAUAAUAAUUUAGCGCAUGAACC